UUUAAAAAAACCCAAAAGCAUUUUUAAAAGGAGAAGAAAAAGGAAAUGAGAAAAAAAAUAGAAGAAAGAAGGAGGCAACCGUGCUUUGUGGAGGGUGACGGACUGGUGAUUUCCUUCUGCCUGUCACUGCAACACAAAACUGAUCCCCUGGGCAUCCGAUCAGCAUCUUCCCUUAAAAACGUCCUGGCUGAGUGGAACGGCCCCAUCCCGGUGAUGCCAGCGGAGCGCCGGGAGUGAGCAUUCCUGGGAAACCCGCACAGGCAGGAGGGGUGUGGAUGGACGAGGCCGCGGCAGGAAAGGCAGGAUUGGAUUCCGUGGAACUCCUCAUGGUGUCCCGGUUUAAACUCACCCGAAUCCUGGUGCGGCCGCGUGGAGCUGGAGCUGUGCUGGGAAGGGCUCUGGAAAAGGGGAAGUGUCACGGGAACUGAUGAAGACAGAGGGGAAACGAGAGGCACCAAAAUGCCAUUUGCAUGGAUCGUGCCCUCAGCAAUUUGGUUGGUGCUGCACUUCACGGCAGAAUCCUGCAGGAAAGGGGCGGUGGGGGCCAGCAGAGCUGCCCGUGGCACCGUGGGGGUCUGUGGCAAUGGGAACGUGACAGCCAACACGGCCUGUGCCAUCCGGCAGGGCACCAACGUCACCCUGUCCUGCCAGCUGGGAGCCCUGCAGGGAGCUGCCCCGUGCUGGGCCGCGAUUUUCCUCAACAACUCCGAGCAAGUCAGAAACCAGGGAGGCUCGGUCAGCAAAACCUUUGCGGUCACUACCUACGGCAAACACACCUUCACGUGCAAAACCCUCUGUGGAGACAAGACCAGACUCGUUUGUGGAAUCGAUAUCCAGUGUGGAAAUCCUCCAGAUGAGCCCAGGAAUGUGUCCUGUAUCCAGCAUGGGACACGGGGACAUCUCACCUGCACCUGGGACAAAGGAAGGCUCACCUACCUCGACACUGCCUAUGGAAUCGAGCUCUCCAAUGGGACAGACACCUUUUGCUUUCCAGAAGAAACUCCCAGUCAGGUGUUCGGCUCUCGGGCUCUGAGCAAGCUGGAUUUUGACUCCAAUUACACCGUGGUGGUCUCUGCCUCCAAUAAAUUAGGAAAUGCCUCGUCCCAGCCACUCACCUUCAUGCUAAUAGACAUAGUGAAGCCACAUCCUCCCGCGUUUUCAGUGGAAUUUGAUGACUCUUCUGCCACCAACUGCACCUUUUCGUGGCACGACGAGGCACAAGCACAGCACUACAGGCUGAGAUACCGUCCCCUCAGCAGGCACACCUGGAGCGUGGUUGAAAGCUUCCACAGGGAGGAAUACCACCUGCAGGGGCUGGAGCCUGACACAGCCUACGAGUUCCAGGUGAGCUGCAGGAUCCUCCGGGGGCGAGGGCAGUGGAGCGACUGGAGCAGGAGGCAGAUGCACACCCCAGCAGCAGUGCCCACUGGGAUCCUGGAUGUCUGGUACCGGCAGCAGGACGUGGACUCUGGGCACCAGAACCUCUCCCUUUUUUGGAAGGCUCUGAGCAAGCCAGAGGCAGGAGGGAGAAUCCUGGGAUACACGGUGACCUUGGAAGCCCUGGACCACGGGAAGCUCCCAGCACAAUCCCACCAAACCACCCAGACCAGCUUCUCCAGGGUGACUCCCAGGGUGGGCCACAGGAUCACGGUCAGCGCCCACAACUCCCGGGGCAGCUCCCCCCCUGUGGCUAUCCUGGCCCACCCGGGCAGCCAGGAUCUGCCCCCUCCUCAGCGAGUCUCUGCCGUGGCCCUGGGGAACAGCAGCAUCCUGGUGAGCUGGAGCCCCCCCCUCGGAUCCGCCGUGUCCGUGGGGGGCUAUGUGGUGGAGUGGGAAGAGCCCUGGAGGGAGCCACGCCUGCAGCCCCAGCACAGCUGGGUGAAGCUGCCCCCGUCCCACCUGUCCACGGUGCUAGCAGAGCACAUCAGAGAUAACGUCUGCUAUCAGAUCCACGUGUCUGCACUUUAUCAGGACAGAGCUGGACAGGCAGCAUCAGUCAGGGGAAACUCCACAGCACAAGCCCCAUCAGCUGGGCCCCAGAUGCUCACAACCCCCUGGGCCAGCGGCGUCCUGGUUUCCUGGGAGGAGAUCCCAGCUCCCCAGCAGAGGGGCUGCAUCACUGGGUACCACAUCUACCUGCAGAGGAGGGACAGGCAGGGCCAGCCCGAGGUCCAUGCCGUUCCUGCCGGGAAGGCUCCUUGCUCCCUGCACAUCCCUGACCUGGAGCCCGGGGAGCACCACGACCUUUGGAUGACGGCGGUGACAGCGGCCGGGGAGGGGCCCCGGGGCAACAGCGACAGCGUCUGCCUGGAAAGUGCUGGGGGCUGGGUCACUCUGGUGCUCAUCUGCAGCUUCUGCAGCUUCUUCAUCCUCUCAGCCUGCGUUUGUUCUGUGCCUCCAGUGAGGAAAGUAUUCCAGGCGCUUUUCUCUCUCCUCCUGCCGCAGUGGCAGAGCAAAGCCAUUCCCGACCCUGCCAACGCCACGUGGGCCAGGAGCUUAACGGCUACCAAGGCGGAGCUGAGCGCUCCCUCCAGCCCCUUCCUGCCCAGCGGCUUCGAAGAGCCCGAAACGACCCCGGUGGAGGAAACCUUCGCACACCCCGAGCCCCCCGUGCCUGGGGACAAGCUGCUGGUGGGCAGCGCUGGCAGCAGGGGGCACGGGGACUGGGCACAGGAGAGCUCGGGGGAGGAGCAGCAGCUCCCUGAGCUGUACCAGAGGCUGGUGGCGGAGGCGAUGGAGCCCCCGGAGCCCGUGUCCGAGUACAUCUCCAACCCCGGCACCUCCGCCCUGCCCCCGGAGCCCGACACUGCCCCCGACCCCCCCGAGCCCGACUGCAGCCCCCUCUCCGUCUUCCCAACCACAUUCCUGACUCCUGCCCUCUGCUGCGAAGGGAAUCUGACGCUGGAUAGAGUGAAACUGAACUGCAGCUCCUUCCCAAGUGUUUCAGCACAGCCAGUCCAGUCAGUCACACGUGACGCCUCCAAGUGACAAAACCCUUCCCAAGUCACUCCUCACCGUAGGACACGGCUGCUCCUCUCCCACAGCACACUUUGGAAUCAAAGGCACAGCUGGGAAUGCCAGAGCUGGAUUUUGGGAACCCCUCGUGCAGCCUGGGCUGCCUCAAGCCCUGUGCCACGGCCUGGCCACGAGUGGGUCAGCCUGGCUGGGCCUAGCCCAGGAUCCAAGCUGGAAAACAUCAUUUCCUCCAUAAAGAGAAGGAACUGCAAAAGGGAAGGAUGGAACAGCUCAGACCCAGGAUGACAGCCGCAGCUCUUGUUCCUCCGCUGGCACCAAGCCACAGCGUCCCAGGAGACACCAGAGCCAUGAGGGACACAGCACCAGAGCCAGGCUCCCUUCCUGCCUCAGUUCAGGGGAGGAAAAUUCCUCACCAGAACUAAAAGCAGCAGGCAGCACCUGUACUCAGUCAAAUGGAUCGUCAAGAGGAAUUUAAGUGAUUUAUUGGAGUGUUCUAAUUACAGGUUGGAAGGGUGUUACACAUUUAAUGACUUUGUUUACGAGAUACGUGUAUAUAAAUAAAAUGUUGGAAAUCUGAA